AUGCAAGAUGUAGUAGUUCCGUCGUUCUCUGCUCAAUAUGGUUUUAAAAACAAACUAGCAGCAGCUGAUGUAGUAUAUGCCACUGCCUCUGUUUUAGAAUCUAUUGAAAAAGGAAAGUCUCCGAAUGAUAAUUUUCUUAAUGCACUAGAUGUAUUGAAUAGAAAUAAUGUGUCAACAUUAGAGAAAGCUUUAGAGAUAGCCAAGAAACAGUUGGUAGCUGUAGUCAAUCAGGUUCAGACAUUUCUAGACAUGCAUCAGGUCAUUUCAGCUGGUCCUUUUCUUUAUAGUUUUAUACAGGAGGGUAUUGGAGAUGUGAAAUAUAGACGACACUUGAAUAAGGGUAUUGGAGAUGUAAAAUAUAGACGACACUUGAAUAAGGGUAUUGGAGAUGUAAAAUAUAGACGACACUUGAAUAAGGGUAUUGGAGAUGUAAAAUAUAGACGACACUUGAAUAAGGGUAUGGGAGAUGUAAAAUAUAGACGACACUUGAAUAAGGGUAUGGGAGAUGUAAAAUAUAGUCGACACUUGAAUAAGGGUAUUGGAGAUGUGAAAUAUAGACGACACUUGAAUAAGGGUAUUGGAGAUGUAAAAUAUAGACGACACUUGAAUAAGGGUAUUGGAGAUGUGAAAUAUAGACGACACUUGAAUAAGGUCUAUAUCAAUAUUAUUAAAUAUUAA